CCAUCUACCCACAUUCCAAACUCUUCCAUCCAAAACCCAGCCGGUCUUCACACAACACAACCACAAUCGAUGCGCCACGAUGUCUUCAGAUCGCAUGCUCACGACCGUCCUCGGGGCGUACCAAAAACUCCCCGAUCCCGAACUCACCAGCAAGAUCCUCGGCUCCACAACCUCCCUCCUCACCACGCUCACGAACCCGCUUAACAUCACGCUCCUGACCUCGCAACUGCUCGCCGCGCCCGCGAUAUGGGCAACGCAUGCGCUGGACCUGCAGACGUGUCUGCGCAUCAUAAGCAUAUACAACACCGCCGCGAUCACAGUGCUGAAGCAGGCGCAGUCCAAUGACUCGAAUCUACUGGGCUAUCCAAGGCGUGGCGGUGGGUUAGGGCCAGAUGAGUGGGCGACGGCGGUGGUGAAGGGGGCGGAUGAUAAGUCGCCGCGGUGGAGACAUGUUCUUGCGAUUGCGGGAGUGCUACUAGGGAUGGGGGGACAGGGGAGGCGGGGGUUGUCGAGGGGAUUGAGGAUGUCGCUGGAGGGAGCGCUGAUAAUGGCUGCGAAUUUGGCGAUGGAGGAUCCGAAGGAGGGGUUCUUUGUGGGGGGGGAGGCGACGCUGUUGGCGCUGAAUCAUACGUUUGAUUUGCUGUCCGAGCAGGCGAAGAGGGAGAUCAGGUUUGACCUCCUGUUGCCCAUUGCUGUCGGAGCGAUGGUGGGACCGUCGGGGUACGAGAUGGGGCAGUUUGUGGGUGCCAUCGAUGCCGAUGUGUGUGUUACGCCGGACAAGAAGCUAGACUGGUCGCCGUCCUCGCGCGGGUUCAUGCAUCUAAAGGAUGUCUCUUCCAGACCUCUCGUCUCAUCCAUGGGCCCAUUCUCUCGACUCGUCGCAUACACAGUCGAGCACCUCCAAUCGCCCAAGCCCAACAUCCUCCACCUGGUCGAGCAACUCCAAAAGUUCUCCCACGAACUCCUCCUCCAAUGGCGGCACAACAAACUCUCCACCAUCGACCCCGGCGACCUCUCAACCCACCUCACCCCCACCACCUCCCAAACCACCUUCCCUACGCUCUUCCAGCUCCUCAAAUCCGCCAUGUUCGCCACCGUCGUGAUCCUCCGCUCCGUCCUCGGCCGCGUCCUCAUCGACCCCCUCCUCGCAACAGACGCCCACGCCGCCUCCCUCUCCUCCUCCGCCCUCCACACCCUCCGCUCCCUCUACUUCAUCAGCUCGCGCCUCGGCACCGCCUCCUUCACCGCCUACACCUUCGUCUCCCUAACCUCCAUCGACAUCCUCGCGCGCUAUCCGCGCCACUCCACAACCUUCCUCGAAUCCAUCCGGCCCUCGCACCCCGGCACUAUCCCCGCACACCCACUAGACCGGAAUCUAGACCUCUACUACCUCAACACCGCCGAGCACUUCCCCCUCAUCCUCUCCCCCGCCUCCAACGCCGCGCUGCUACAAGCAUGCACACCCUACCUCGCCAGCACCCCCUCCCCCCCCCUCCUCCCCCUCUUUGAAGCAGCACACUCCCUCACCCUCUCGGUCCUCACCGCCCCCCCAACGCCGCGCUCGCCGCAUCCGCAAUCCCCCCCUACGCAACCGCCCUCCUCGCAUCCUUCCCCUCGAACCUUUCAGCGCGCCAAGGUUACUACGCCCCCGAACCCGCUCGCGGCGUCGCAUCCAGAUUUACCAGAUACGCUCCUCGAACUCCUCCGCUUCCGCGCUUUACACGCAUCGACAGCGCUCCUACCGCAAAGCCCCCCAGCCGAAGCAGGACCGGAUGGGGUGGCCGCCGCUGAAACCCCACUGACGGAACAAGCUGCCCUGACCCUCGCGCUGCUGGAUGCGUUGAGUUCCCUGGCGCCGCAUGCGUUGAGGGAGUGGUUACCGCUUGCUGCUGGCGCGGUUAGGGGGGUGGCGGAGGAGGGGGGGAUGAGGAGGGUGUGUCAAGAACGGUUUUGGGAGGCGUUGGAGGGAGGGGAGAUGGAUGUUGAGAGGGGGGGGUGUGUGUGGAGUGGUGGUGUACGAGGGGGGGGCGGGAGAUGGUGA